CUGACAGUCAUAAACAAGGAUGCCUGCUGAACCUCCACUGGAAUCAUGUUUCACUGCAGGAAUCUGCUGGAAGUACGUAAGACCAGCAACACUAAAUGCCUGGCUUCUGGUUGAGGCCAGUUGAGUGCUUGUAACUUGAAGGAAGCAGCCUCUGUUUGAAAAACAGCCAGGAAUAUUGCGGGGGGGGGGGGGGCUACAGAUACAGUAGUUCAGCUCCUCUCUUGUUCAUUUACCUUUGGAGAUAGAAAAACAUGCAAGCUGUAUUCUGUCCAAAUGCUCAGUAAUAAGUGCUAUAAUUAAACAACAAAAUGCAAACAGAUAAGCCAAAUUUAAAAUGACACACAAUACAAUAUUCCUAAAAUGCUCAUCAAGCAAUACAGUAGGUCCUACCUCACCCCACUUAAAGAUGGGCACCACACAGGAGGCAGAACUGGCUUAUGGGAGAAGGAUUAAUCCCCUGAAUAUUUCUCAUUCUCAAACAGGCUCCCCCCCCCCUUUGAGUGGUGUUUUUUUUAAGCCUAUUAGCAGUGGUGAGGCCUAGUAAGGGGAAAGAAUGUGGAAACAGUCCUUUUGGUGACUUGAGGAUUAAUGCUUGGAGGAGCAGCCCCACUGCCCCCUAUGGGAGUGUGGGAAGAACUUGCGGUGGUGCUUAAAGUGACUGUUUAGUUGUGUGGAAAGGCUGUAGGCCUAAAUAGUUUCUAUCCAGAAUAAAAGGCAGGUUUUCCCCUUGAGAUGCUGGGUCUCCAUAAAAACCCUAUAUGAAAACCCUAUAUUCUCCUGAGGAAGCAGCAACCACUUCCCUCAUGUGUGAAAAGGACAAAGAAGCGCUCUUAAGGCUAAGCAAUUUCACUAAGUACAAAAUGAAGGAGAAACCUUAAUAUCUCCAAGAUUCCAAUGAAUUGCCAAACACUUCAUCAUCAUCUAGUUUCCCAGUUGAGACAAAUGCUUGUUACCCUAUAAUGCAGCCAGAGAUAAUUUUUGCCAUCUAUGCUACUUACACAAUUUAAGCAUUUUUAUUGAUGGGCUGAAAAUGAUUUUCUGCAUAUGCGCAAACGAGAAAUUAAGAUGAGGAAAAUUGACAGCACUAAAGUACGGCCCAUGAAAUCUGAGCAGCUUCUCCGUAUAGAGGACCAUGAUUUUGCAAUGAGACCUGGCUUUGGAGGGUCACCAAUACCAGUGGGCAUUGAUGUGCAAGUGGAGAGUAUUGACAGCAUUUCAGAAGUUGACAUGGACUUCACAAUGACUUUAUACCUCAGACAUUACUGGAAAGAUGAGAGGCUGUCAUUUCCUAGUACCAGAAACAGAAGCAUGACUUUUGAUGGAAGACUAAUAAAAAAGAUCUGGGUACCUGAUAUAUUUUUUGUCCACUCCAAAAGAUCUUUCAUCCAUGACACAACUAUGGAGAACGUUAUGUUACGUGUCUACCCAGAUGGAAAUGUGCUCUUUAGCUUACGAAUAACAGUUUCUGCCAUGUGCUUCAUGGACUUCAGUAGGUUCCCACUUGACACUCAGAACUGCUCUCUAGAACUGGAAAGCUAUGCCUACAAUGAAGAAGACUUGAUGCUGUAUUGGAAGCAUGGCAAUGAAUCUCUUAGCACAGAUGAGCACAUUUCCCUUUCCCAGUUCUUCAUUGAAGAAUUCAGUGCUUCUAGUGGUCUAGCAUUCUAUAGCAGUACAGGCUGGUACAACAGACUCUUCAUAAACUUUGCCCUGAGGAGACAUAUUUUCUUUUUUGUACUACAAUCCUAUUUCCCAUCUAUGCUGAUGGUGAUGCUGUCAUGGGUCUCAUUUUGGAUCGACCGAAGAGCUGUUCCUGCAAGGGUAUCACUAGGUAUAACUACUGUGCUGACAAUGUCAACCAUAAUCACAGGAGUAAGUGCCUCAAUGCCUCAGGUGUCUUAUAUCAAAGCCGUGGAUGUAUACUUAUGGAUCAGCUUUCUCUUUGUCUUCCUGUCUGUCAUUGAAUAUGCAGCUGUAAAUUAUCUCACAACAGUGGAAGAAAGAAAACAGCUGAAAAAGAGAGGAAAGGCUGCUGGAUUGUAUAAUAUUGAUGCAGUGCAAGCAAUGGCCUUUGAUGGCUGCUAUCACGACACAGACACCACUGACAUUGACCUGACCACCUUUUCAGUCCCUUCUGAAGAAAGUUCAACACGAGGGCAAGCACCCAGCACCCCCACUCUAGAUGCAGCUCGCAUCAAGAGGAAGAGAUCCUUGAAAGGGAAUGUGGGCAGGAUUAUUUUGCAGAACAAUCAUGCCAUUGACACAUACUCCAGGGUUAUAUUUCCUACUGUAUAUAUUGUAUUCAACUUUUUUUACUGGGGUUUGUAUAUAUGAAUGAUUAUAACUGAUAUAUUUUUCAUAUGAGCACACCAGAAAUGCAUAGUAAAAUACACAUGCCAUGAUCUGUGUAGGCAGAGAUGCUUUAGAGUUUGAACAAGAGAUUCUGGUACCCAAAUAACAGGUUUUUCUCCCUGCUUGCAAAAUCUAUUAUCUAAAAUGGAAGUCCCAAUGGCUCUGCGUUUGUUAUGCACUCUGGGCUAUUAUUCCUAAAUGAUAGGUGGUUUUAAGCUAGUUUGUAUGACAGCAGUAUAAAAUACCUAUUUCUGCUGUGUGAUGCACAGGAUUGGUAGUUAUGCAGCUUCCCACAACGCAGCCAUCUAGCUUACAGAACUAUUUUAAAGCUGCCAAGAGUGGCUAGACCUACACCAUACAACACCUAAAUCUUCCCUCCUCUGCCAACGUUGCCCACCACUCCCACCUAUGAUCCAGACUAGUGUUAUACACUCAGCACUAGGAUCUUUCUCUGAAUGAUUUCACCCUUCACAUUGCUUCUUGCUUACUUAAAAAAAUAUAAAGCUCAGUAGCCUUCAUUCUUGGAUGAUUGAAGCUGACUAGGAGCUGACUUUGGAAGCUGACUAGGAGCAAAAUUAGACCUGGUGCUGGAGAACCUAACCACAGACUGCCUGAGUUAUUAUAAUAUAGCAGCUGGUAUUCUAUCCAGCCAUUGGAAGGUGCACGUUGUGGAAUAACCACAGAUAAUCAAUUUUAAUUGAAGGCUCACAACAGGAAACUAUGGUAGAAAUCUCUGAAAUAGUAACUAGUAUAAAUGCUAUUCUGCUCAAUUUAAUUAAGGCCAAGUAAUUUCAGUCACUGCCAUAUCUGUAAAAAAUAUGGUGGCAGCCAGCAGUAGCUUUACAGUCCAAUCCAAUGCAUGUUUACUCAAAAAUUAGCUCCAGUUCUUUCAUUGGGACAUUAUUCCAUAUAGGUAUACAUAGGACUGCACUCAAAACUACAUAUUGCAUGUAUUUUCUUCUAGACCAAAGGAAUCUAGGGAGACUGCAAGUUUAAGUGAAAAAUGGCAGGCGUAUAGGGGCUAUUUAACCCUUUUUCCUCUGAUUAUUUUUCCAUUCCAAUUAUCCCAAGUGUUUUUUUCAAAGGGUGGGGGCACAUCCAGGAAAUUAUACAUGAAUAUGUGUCCUGUUGUGUUUGAUUAGUUAACUGAGGAACUCUCCCAUUAUGCUACAAACUGGAUCAAUUUCCUCAAAGAAUACUGGCCCUUAAAAAGGUCAUAAGGAGGCUGCAAGCACCUGUUGCUAAGUAGGGAGAAAUCUUACAAAACAUGUGAACCCCAGAUGUAAAGUGGAAGAUUCUAUGGUUUUUUACAUUUAAGUUCUUGUGAACCUCUUAUCUCCUUGACAUCUCUUUGAAAACCAUGCUGGAAAUUUUUCUCUUUCUUGCUUCUGAGCCAAGUCAAAGAUCCCAUACAAGGUAUUAAUCAUAUAAUAUAUAUCAGAAUAGAACUGCUAUUAAGUUUAACCAAAUCAGUUGCAACUUUCCUAUUCUUUGGGCUCAUCCAUCCAUACCUUUGCUCCGUGCUUUCUAGGUCCAGGUCCAGGCUUUCCAUGGAAAACCCAAUUGCCAUUUGCUCUGAUUCAGCAGUAAAACGCGGGCCUUGCUGGGUAAAGCACUGGGACAAAAAACACACACCAUACACACACAAACACAGACCUGGAAAGUUGAGAGCUGUGCCUAGAAACAUGGCAUAAUGUUGUAGGGUAACAAUAAAAUGAAGUGUGGAUGAACGCUUUGUUGCAAUCACACACAA